CACCAAAAUCAGUACAGGAUAAAAAUCAAUAAUAACUUAACUCAACAAUACCCGACCCAUUUCUUGCUCCGAUAGAAAUCUAGUAUUUAGAAUCAAAGAAAACAAUGGUGUUUUAACAGAUUUUUGUUAAGUUUUUGUUUGUCUCUUUGUAAUCUAGUGUUUUUGUGUAAUUUUUUUAAAAAAUAUUGCCUCAAUAUUUGUAACCGACUUGUUGCGUCGUAGUUGUAUGUUAACUUAUCAUAUAAUAUCAUAUUUCAUUCAUAUUGCUUUUGAACAAAUUUAUAACCGUAGAUUGUAAACUCUACGUUGGUUUAUUAUUACACGUAGUUGGCUAAUGGAGCCAGUAGACGCUAGAAGUACAACAAACUUAACAGAUAUGCCACCUGUAGAAAGAACAUCAGAAACUUCGAACUUAGUACCCCCGAAUUCAGCAUCGUCACCAAGCUUCUUAAAUCUAGUUAGCAACGUCUGCGCUCUGCUGUUCAAUGCUAUCAUACUUUAUUGCUGUUUUAAAGAUGGUGUUACUUUGUUCUCAUUUCAUCCUAGCUUGAUGUCUCUAGGGUGGAUCAUACUAAUGUCAUCUGCAAUUAAUGCUAUAACUCCAGGAGAUUUUGCAACUGAAUGGAUGCCGAUUCGUCUCCGCAGCGCUCGUCACUGGGUUAUACAAAUGUUAGCUGGCAUAAUUAUACUUACUGGGUUUUUUGUAAUAUUAUCAAACAAAAUCAUCAAUGAGAAAUCACACUUUGUCACCUUACAUGCAAAAUUUGGAUUAGCCUCUUUAAUUUUUAUGUGUUUAACAUCUUUGGGAGGUGUAACUGCUCUAUACAGUUUGAAGCUAAAGGACUACAUUGCUCCAAUUUACACAAAACUAUUACAUGCAAGUGCUGGCCUGUUGACCUUUACUUUGGGGAUAAUCACUAUCUUACUUGGUACUUUAUCACACUGGUGGUCCUAUGGCGAAAUAUUAAGAUAUACAAGCAUGAUUUUAGUACUUUUGGUCAUGUUAUUCACUCUACUUCGGCCGAGUCUCAAAGUAUAUUUCCGUCUUAAGGAGAGAUUUGAAAAUAUGAAUUAAUAUAAAAAUGUACUUGCAUGAUAACUGAUAACGACUUUGGCAAGACAAACUGGUAUAUCUUUUUAUAUUU